AUGAGAACACUCAGAUUGUGGAGAGCCUCCGCUUUUCCUGGGCGCCUGCCAAACGCGCUGAUCCCACUCCCAGAGGGGCAUGGACCCUUCGGCAAAAUGUGGGGAGCCCGUGUGACUGCCAGUGACAGUGGGACACUCAUGGCUAACGAGGAAGCUCGUUUUGGGUUUUCCCUGGCAUCAGAUUAUCGUUUUCUUCGUUCGGCAUUGCAAGAAUUUGCUUUCCAUAUUGCGGUCACUCUUUGUCACCAAAGUUACCUGUGCAUGGGGCUGCUGAAAGGGAUAAUGAAUCGAAUCCUCCGUCCACGGAAGCGCACUCGCCCCGAAACGACCUCGGAGACAAAAGCGGGAACACCGACGACCAGCAAGGAGGGAACGGUGGCUACCCCGGCUGCAACAAGGAGGACUUCAAAGAGAAGCAAGACAGGCGUUAGUGACGACGCUUCGGUGCCGGUGACGAUACCUUCAAAAGAAGAGGUUCUGGCUGUUGCUGAAACUGUCAUAACUACUCCAGCACCAAAACGAAGGGCUUCCACAAGAAGGAGAACAGCCGCCUCCGCCGGUGAGGACGCCCAUCUGGUUGAAAACCCCAAAGAAGAGGAAUCUGCUGUCGCUGAAACCGUCGAAGCUACCGCAGCACCAAAACGUAAAGGCUCUAAGAAACGCGAAACAUUUGCUGCCGCCAGUGAGGCCGCCCCAUCGGUUGAAAUUCCCAACGAAGUGAACCCUGCUGUCGCCGAAACCGUCGUAGCUGAAGCCCAACCUAUGAAAAGGAAAGCCUCGAACGCAUCACGGAAGAGCAAAGCCUCCACUUCGCGGAAAUCGACAUCCACCUCAAGAAAAUCAACCAUUUCACGCAAAAGCAAGUCCGAGAUGGGUAGUGAGAUCUCGAAACCAAAACCCCCCGUCGCCGAAGAAGCAGCUCCCAAAGUGGAGGAGGAAGAGGAAGAGAAAUCGAUGGAUUUGGCCGUACUCCCACAACCAAGCUGGUCGACCCCCCAUGCAACUCGAAGCCUCCAAAAAGAUCUCCUUCGAAUUAGCAAACUGCAGGAAAGAACGACCGCCGAAGAACGCGGCUGGACAGUCGACCUCACAAACCUCGCCAACCUCUACCGCUGGCAAGUCCGCAUCACCCAUUUUGACAAGAAGUUGCCCAUCGCGAAAGACCUAAAGCAGAAAAGGCUCGCUGACGUCGGGAUCGUUCUGGAGGUGCAGUUCGGGCCCGAACAUCCCGCCACGCCGCCGUACGUCCGCGUCCGUCGGCCUCGCUUGAUGCAGUUCUGCAAUGGCGGAGGUGGGCACGUGACUGCUGGUGGAAGUAUCUGUGAUGAGCUGCUGUCCGGCGAUGGGUGGACCCCAUCGAUGCCCUUGGAAAACCUCUUUGUGAUAACGAGGCUGGCUCUGAACUCAACGGAACCGAGACCGGCCAGGUUAGAUCCGCGGAGAUGGAACAUGGGUUACACAGCGCAAGAGGCAAUGUCGGCAUAUAUCAGAGUUGCCAGAGAUCAUGGAUGGCGUGUUCCGACUGGUUGGCAGCAAUGGUUCGCUAUCGAAUACUGAUGCUAGGGAUGGACAAGCGGCCAAUGUGAAGC